AUGGCAGGACUCGAAUCUUCAUUACAAGAUCUCACAUUUCCGACACCUGAAAAUACUGUGGGUCAGAACACAAGGCAGAUUAGUCGUCCUCACUACCCCGAUCAGACCAGGGAUCCAACACCUUCCAUACCAUCAGAUAUAUCUGGUAGGGUUCAAUGCUCGAUUGGUGAUCAAGGCACGCGGUACAGUGUAUCAUCCCGAUCUUCGGCGCGACAACAGCUGCGCAGCUCGGGGUCGGCAUCCUUCGUGAGCCAUGGGAGCCAAAGCCGCGACUCGUUGCCACUGCCACCCUGUGGAGAGACCUCUGCUCCCCUCCACUCCUGCCGCAAAGGGUGGUGGAAGGAGCUGCUUUGUGGGUUAUUGAGCGUGGCAUUCCUAUUCAGUGUCAUCAUCACGCUGAGCAAUAUAAACGGAUUGCUACUCUCUUCGUGGACGUCUCGAAUUGCCCUUCAACCAAAUACUGUGAUUUCCGCCUUGUCCACAUUGGGCAAGGCGGCAAUGAUGCUGCCCGUGGGUGAAAGUAUCAGUCAGUUGAAAUGGUUACAUGCAGUAAGAAAAACAGCAAGACCAGAGCACAUGCAAACCUUCGACGAUGCUAGUCGUGGGCCAUUAGGCUCUGCAGCCUUCUUUUGGGCAGGGAGAAAGUACGGCUCCUUGGGCUUUCUGACCUACGUUGGUUGCGCUCUCACAAUCGCUGCGGUGGCGCUUGAUCCGUUUGCUCAGCAGAUCAUCUCUUUUCCGUCCAGGCAAACGGAGGUAGCUGGAAAUGCGUACGUGAAGAGGUCUCAGGUGUAUGACUAUGGUUGGCAGGGCGCAUACGAUCCAGAGAUCACACGUGACCCACUGCUGUCCCAGGCAGCCAUUUCCGGCGUGUUCGACCAAGUGUAUUCCCCUCCCUUUUCUUGCUCGGUAUCGAACUGCAGUUUCCCAGACCUCACUACGCUAGGAAUCUGCUCACACUGCACCGACGUCACGAAUGAUACGUCGAGGUCUUGCGAGCAGUAUGUAUCGGCAACACCGCUUUGGGGCCCUUCACAUCGUUGCAAUUUCACGACUCCAUCCGGCUUCGAGCUGGGUGCCUUGGACGCCAUCAUCCAGUCCGGGGUGAGUUCCAAUACGAAGGUAAACACAAGCCUCAGCAUGGCAGACUCGACUGUCAACACGACUACCGUCAUGCAUCUUGGCCUUGUCUUGUUCAGCCAGACCCAGUGGGGUGCUGACCACGGAUACGAUCCACAAUGGAUGAACGCUCUGCAGGCAUAUGAGUGCAAGUUUUCGCUCUGUGCACAUCGUUUGUCUGAAUGGGCCAUAAUCAACGGCACUCUGCAGCCUGGCAAGAGGACCAUGUUCCCGUUCACCCUGGUCUCAGCAGAGGAUGACAAAUACGGCGGACAUUCAACGCUUUCAGUCCCAGAUGGCAACGAUUUCCCUGGGAAUAAUACCUUUGUUACAAACUUCAUAGACCAAAGGGACAUUUUCAACGCGCUCUUCAACGUUUUGGCUGCAUCGACUCCGAGGAGCGGGCUUGAGUUUGGUAUGACUGUCGAAAAUGCAUUACUCCAGGUCCUGUAUACCAGACCGAAUGUCACGGAGACUCUGCAGAACAUGGCCACCGGAAUAUCGAAUCUGAUGAUGUCUGGUCCCAAUUCGGAGGUUGUCAACGGGACAGCCUAUAUUGACGAGACCUACAUCCAAAUCAAUUGGCCGUGGCUAACUCUAUCCGUUGUUCUUGAAGCAAUGAUGGGCGCAUUGCUGGCUACUACGGUCUACCACACGCACAGAACCGGUCAAAACAUUUGGAAAUCGUCUCUAAUGCCCUUGAUUGAAGGUGAUUACUUGCGCUACACGGGCAAGGUUACGACAAUUCUUACGGCGGCGGAUUCCGACCGGGACAGUCUGGAGAUGGCAUGA